AAAAUUGUAAAAAAUUGAAAAUUGCGAAUAAUACAAAUAAUCGAGUCAUAAAUAACGCGAAUUAAUUAAAAAUGACUGGACGCGGCAAGGGCGGCAAGGGGAAGGUGGUGCGCGAGAAUGUGCAGGACGAUCGGGACGAUUUCCUGGUGUACGCGGCGGAGAAAAUAAUCCAGAAGCGCGUUAGAAAGGGCACCGUGGAGUACCGCGUGAAGUGGAAGGGCUGGAACCAGCGCUACAACACCUGGGAGCCUGAAGUGAACAUUCUUGACCGCCGCCUGAUCGACAUCUACGAGCAGAGCAACAAAUCGGCGGGCACACCCUCAAAGCGCGGUUUGAAGAAGAAGGAGAAGGAGCCCGAUCCGGAGCCGGAGCAGGAAUCCGAGGAGGACGAGUAUACCUUUACCGGCGACGAUGUGGACACCAACCUGGCCACCACAUCGGCGGCCGGCGGUCCGAUCCACGAUCCAGAGGCGAAGAAGGAGAAGGAAAAGAAGCACCACCACCAGCAUCAUCACCACCAUCACCACAUCAAGUCCGAACGUGGUGGAGGCCGACGUUCCGAGUCACCGCUGUCGCAUCAUCACCAUCACCAUCAUCACGAGUCAAAGAGGCAGCGUAUGGAGCACAGUUCCUCCUCGAACAGCAGCUCCACACACAACUCUUUCGUCCCAGAGGCCGACACCAACUCGUCCAGUUCCGAGGAUCAGCCGCUGAUCGGCACCAAGCGCAAGGCCGAGGUUCUCAAAGAGUCAGGUAAGAUUGGUGUGACAAUCAAGACCUCGCCGGACGGACCCGUCGCCAAGCCUCAGCCGCCGCAGCAGCACCAGCAAGGGCCACUGGAGCAGCUGCAAUCUGCGAUCACCGAUCAUCAGCAGGCAGAGAAAAUAGCCAGCGAUGCAGCCACUCCUCUAAAAUCGGAGGUGCAGGGCACCACGCAACAGGACAGUGAGGCCAUCUGCACGCCAGCUGAGCCUGUCGCCGAGGAGGAGGAGACGGUAGCCGGCGAGAGCACACACCAACAGCCCCCGCAGGAGAACAACAAUAUACCAAAACCGUGCAACAACCAGCAGAGCCUGACCAUCAACCAGAAACAGCCGCUUACACCUCUAUCGCCGCGUGCUCUGCCGCCGCGCUUCUGGCUGCCGGCCAAGUGCAACAUAUCCAACCGCGUGGUGAUAACCGAUGUCACCGUCAACCUGGAGACCGUCACCAUUCGCGAGUGCAAGACAGAGCGGGGAUUCUUUCGUGAGCGCGACAUGAAGGGCGACUCUUCGCCAGUGGCUUGAGCUCCGGCCCAAAUGAAGCGGAAGCCUGAAACAAUUGUAAAUAGAGAAACCAAAAUUGAAAUGGAGGAGGCGUUGAGAGAUGAGGCACUAACAAAUCCGCACUAAACGUUGCUAAGCAUUUUCUCCUUAGGACGUAACUUAUUUAUUGUAUUUAUUUUUAGCGUAGUUAUUAGUUUGUUUGAUUAGCUAUUAGUAUUGUUUUACUACAAUGUUUACCUUGCAAUUGGUGUCUUGAGCAAGUGCAAUAGUUCAUUUACCGAAAGGCUGACAGUUUACACUAAAUUAAUUAUCGGUAAAUUAUUAAUCACGUAGACUUUUAGUAUUCCCAAAUAAGAUCUAAAUAACAAGUGCAAAUAUUUUUUGAUUCAAUCUUUCCUGAAAUAUCGCAUAAAGCUGUCUUUUUGUAAAUGAACGCUCUUGCGGCUGCUCAACGUGCCAGUGCAAUAGAUUGUAUAUUCUGCGGCAUAGAAUAGGUAUGGCCAAAGUCCUUAUAAUAAUAAGAUGCAUAACGCCCGUUUCUUGGCAGUUACAAGUUUGACAAAUUGUAUGGCGCUACUUGUCUUGUAAAUAUAAGGACCUUGGAAUGGCG